UAAAGGAGGGCUGAAAGAGGUGUUUUCUAGCUCUUUUCCCAUCCCCAAAGCUCAUCAUCACAAGGCUUGCCAUCUCCACGAGCAAGCCAUCGUUCUUUAGACAGAACAGAGACGAUAGAAAGAGAGCAAUGGAAAGUAGCUGCAGCGUAUUCGCUCUCGAGCUUCCAAUCCCAACAAUCAAGCCCUUAUCUUCUCUUCAUCCCUACUUCUCAUACGGCCACUUCGCUUCUUUUUUUCCAAUGCCCGACACAUCCCAAUGCUCCUCUGGCGCCGCUAAAUGUUCUACGUGCGCUUCUACUCGUAUUCCUAGAAGAAGAAGAGUGCAAAACUUUCGAGCCCUGGUCCAAUCAAGUUCUAUAGCAAGCGAGAGAUGUAUGGGAAAAGGUGAGGAAAAGGAUGAUGUUGAAGUUGCAAAGGGGUACACAAUGACCAAAUUUUGUGAUAAAAUGAUUGAAUAUUUUAUGCAAGAGAAGCCUCAAACUAAGGACUGGAGAAAGGUAUUGGUGUUUAGGGAUGAUUGGAAGAAAUAUAGGGAUAGCUUCUUCAAUCGGUGCCAAGCACGUGCUGAUGCUGAAAGGGAUCCAAACAUGAAGAAAAGGUUAAAUUUACUUGCUAGGAAAUUGAAGAAGGUAGAUGAUGAGAUAGAGACGAGUUCUUCUCUUCUCAAAGAGAUUCAGGAAAAUCCUUUGGACCUCAAUGCAAUUGUGGCAAGAAGGCGCAAGGACUUCACUGGAGAAUUUUUUCGUUAUCUUAAUGUUCUCUCAGAAGUGUAUGAUGGUCUGGAGGAUCGAGAUGUAAUGGCUAGACUUGGAGCCAAAUGCUUGUCAGCAGUUCGUGCGUAUGAUUAUACCAUAGAGCAUUUGGAUACUUUGGAAGCUGCUCAGUCAAAGUUAGAUGACAUAUUAAAUUCAUCAUCAUUAGAGGUUGCAUGCGAGAAGAUAAAUCACUUAGCUAAGGUGAAGGAACUUGAUUCAUCCUUGAUUCUUGUCAUAAACAGAACAUGGGCAGCAGCAAAAGAAUCUGCAACAAUGAAGAAUGAGGUUAAAGACAUAAUGUAUCGUAUAUACAAAGAAACAAGGAAAGCUUUAAGAAAUAUGGCACCACCAGAGAUGAAGUUACUAAAAUAUUUACUGAACAUAGUUGAUCCAGAAGAACGAUUUUCAGCCCUAGCAACUUCCUUCUCUCCUGGAGGUGAACAAGAAGUGAAGGAUCCCAAUGCUCUGUACACAACACCCAAGGAGCUGCACAAAUGGAUAAAGAUAAUGCUGGAUGCCUACUCUCUCAAUAAGGAAGAGACUGACUUUGUAGAAGCUCGGCAAAUGAGUGAUCCCAUGGUGAUCCAGAGACUCUUUAUUCUGAAGGAGACAAUAGAGGAGGAAUACAUGAAAAACUACAAAGUCACCAAUGAAAAAGAAUCAGAAUCUGAACCAGAACCAUUAGAUUAGAAACCCAAACAUUAGGCUUUGUUUGAUAAUGUUGUAAUUUCGUUUUUUUAUUAUUUACUCAUUUAUUUUGUUGUUGUAAUUAUUCUGUUAUGUUGAGCGGAUGACAGUUUCAGUAAAUUAUUGUUGAAUUUGUCCAAA